UCACCACACCUUCUUUUGCCAUCCUAUUCUUACUCUCAUCCUUACUUUUUAAACUCUCAGUUAAUUAAGCACUUCAAAUGGCUGCCAGUGCUCAGGUUGAAUCAGUUCCCACAAUAGGAACAGAGAAUGUUCCAGUGGAUGUUGAGGUGAACACAACCAGUGAGGCACCAAGGGAAGAUGUGGCCCCACUUAUUGAAUUAGAAAUUCCCCGAGAUGAUCAAGAGGCUGCAGAUAGCAAAGAAGUGGUGGAUUCUGAAGCUGAAGAAACAGAAUCAGCUGAUACUGAUGAAGCUAACUCAGAAGAAAGGGUUGCCGAGGAAGAAGAAAGUCCAACUGAUGAGACGGUGGUGGAAGAGGAAACCGUGGUGGCUCCGACUGCUACUGCUUAGGUUGUGGUGGCCGGAAUCUGUUGGCACAGAAGUUGCAGGCUAAAGGGUAUUUAGACUCAAAGAUUUGGAUAGUAGAUUUCUACUACUAAUACUGUUAUAGCUAUUAUUGUUACUACUAUUAUUAUUAUUAAUGAAUGUGUGUGUAUUUGUAAUGUGUUUUCUAAUAUAGACUAUUACCAUGAAAUGCAAUUAUAAAUGCAAAUCAUAUGUAAAUGUAUACGUGACUUUAAUUUUUUUAGCACUGCAACAUAAAUAAAAGUAAAAAGUUACAUCGCC